AUGAGAGUGGCCGAUGCCCUUGCUGUGUUGUUCGACGAGACGAGAUGCAGCAAGACGAUAUUCAUCGCUCAAUUGGUGCCUUUUGUUUUCAAUAUUCCAAUGCUACGGAGUCUGUUUAUAGGAAAGCAUGAGAAGCUGAUGCAAAAAAUAGUGAGCAAUGUCAAGGAAGAUAUAAAGAAAGCUCUGAGCUCAUGGGAUGAGAGCCAGGAACCGGAAUCCGCGGAUAACCUCAUCAAUGUGUGCUCAGAUCUUAAUCUGGCAGGAAUGGAAACUACAGCCACAACGCUCAGAUGGGCUGCACUGAUUCUGGCGAAGCACACAGCAUGUGCAGCUUCUCCGGAUGUUGUAAUUAAGCUGAGUAAAUUUUUCCAGGAGAAGAUCCGUAGCGAAAUCCUCUCAGUUAUGCAUAAAAACGACAAGGCGAGCAUGUCGCUCAAGCAAAAGUUACCGUACACUAACGCAGCGGUUUUGGAACUCCAACGAUUCGCAAACAUCAUAGCAGUCAAUGCUGCUCAUCGUACCCUGAAGGAUACAAGUGUUGGCAAUGUUGCUAUCCCAGCUGACACUUUGGUUUUUGGACAAAUCAGCAACGUCCUGGCAAAUUCGCCCGUUUUCAAGAACCCUAAGCGGUUUUUGCCUGAACGAUUCCUCAUGGACGACGGCGUGACACCUAAUAAGGAAGCAGUCGAGCAAUUCUGUCCGUUUUCCAUCGGAAAAAGGGUAUGUCUCGGUGAAGGGAUGGCGAAAAUGGAACUCUUCAUCGGACUGAUCACGUUGGUGCAGAACUUCAAGAUUGAGCCCGUGAAGGGACGCGAAAUUGAUUUGGAGCCAACUCUAGCCACUGUAAUGUUGCCGAAGCCACAAUGUGUUCGACUAACGCCGGUCUAA